AUGGACAAUUUCAACUUAAUGAGCUGGAACGUUAGAGGUUUGAAUAAGAGGAAUAAGCAAAUAGCAGUGAAUGAUAUUUGCAAGAUAAAUAAGAUUGGUAUUGGGGCUCUUUUGGAAACCAAAAUAAAAGGUGAUAGAGUAGAGGAGUUUAUUCAUUGCAAGGUUCUGAUAUGGGCUACAGGACAAUCUUUCUGCUUCACUAUAGUUUACGGUUUAAAUCAGUUAGAAUUGAGGAAAGGUCUAUGGUCUGAGUUGGCCUCAAUCUCUCUUCCUGUCAAACCGUGGUUAGUUCUUGGUGCCUUUAACUCUGUUUUUGAUGUAGAAGAUCGAAUUGGGGGUAAGGUCAUUUCUCCUAAAGAAGUUGAGGAUGCUAGGAAUUGGCUUGAUCUUGGGAAUGUGGAAGAAAUGAAAUUGCUGGGCUCGUAUUACACUUGGUCGAAUAUCCAAGAUGGAAAUAAUCGCAUCUUUUCCAAAUUAGACAGAGUUUUCAUAAAUAAGGAUUGGAUUGAUAUGUUUCCAAAUGUCAAUGCAAUAGCUAUUUGGGAGGUAUUUUUGGAUCACUGUGCCAUCGUUUUGAAGCAUAUUUCUGUUAUUAAAAAUGGACUGCGACCCUUUCAAUUUUUCAACAUGUGGACUAAUCAUCCGCUCUUCAAGCCUACUGUUUUAGAUAGCUGGAAUAAAGAGUUACCAUCAGAGGGAUAUGGACUGCAACAGAUAUUGAGGAAAUUGCAUCGCCUUCAGUUUAUAUUGAAGAGAUUCAAUUGGAGGGUUGUUGGUGAUAUAGUUAAGGAGUAUGAGGAAAGCAAGCAUUUUCAAUCAUUUUUAGAUGAAACUAGUGCAACAACUGGGCUGGUUGAUACCUCUGUAGCUCUCUCAGGUCCCAUUCUAUUCAUUGAAGACCAAGCUUUCCUCAUCAAACCUUUUACUUUCAAGGAAGUUAAAACAGCUAUGUUCAAUAUAAAGACAAUAAAGAGCCCGGGACCGGACAGAUUUGGGGCUGGUUUUUAUAAGAGUUUAUGGUCUAAUAUAGGGAAAGAAGUGGCUUCAGCAGUGUUAGAAUUUUUUGAUCUAGGCCACAUUCCGAAGAGGCUGAACAGUACAAUUUUAGCCCUUAUUCCCAAAGUCACUCAACCCUCCAAUGCCUCAGAAUAUCGCCCAAUAGCCUGCUGUAAUACAUUAUACAAAUGCAUUUCUAAAAUGCUUUGUAACAAGUUAAUUCCUAUCCUUCCUAAGGUGGUUAAUCAAAACCAAGGUGCUUUUGUUAAGAAUAGGAGUAUUGCUCAUAAUAUUCUAAUUCUCCAAGACCUCCUCAAAGGCUAUAACAGGAAAAGAGUGUCUCCUAGGUGCUUAAUGAAAAUCGAUCUGAGCAAAUCCUACGACUCUAUUGAUUGGAAUUUCCUUGAAAGUCUGUUAAAUGCGUAUAAGUUCCCUGGCAGGUUUAUCAAAUGGGUUAUGGUCUGCUUGAGAGGUUCUUCAUAUAGUAUUCUUAUGAAUGAUGAUUUGUUGUUAAUGUGCAAAGCUCAUCUCAGUUCAAUUCAGAUUAUGCAGCAGGCGUUCCAGGAGUUUUCAUCAGCGUCAGGUCUGAGCAUUAAUCAAGCUAAGUCAAGCAUUUACUUUGGAGGUAUUACUUCAGCUGAGAAGGAGAAGCUGUUGUGUUUAUCUAAGUUGAGAGAAGGGCAGUUUCCUCUUAAGUAUUUAGGAGUUCCUUUGAGGCCUACUAAGUGGAAAGCUAUGGAUUGCGAUAUAAUAAUUUCGAAAAUUCGUCAAAGGCUUCAUGGUUGGGCUAGUCGAAACCUGUCUUAUGCUGGGCGUGUGCGGUUAAUUCAGUCGGUUCUCUUGGGGAUAAGGAACUUUUGGAUGAGCAUAUUUCUCCUUCCUCAGAAAGUUAUCAAAGAAAUAGACUGUUUAUGUAGAGGUUUCUUAUGGGGUGGCAAUGGAGUUUGUAGCAAAUUUCAUUUAGCAUCUUGGGAUCAUGUUUGCAGGCCUAAAUCUUAUGGAGGUUUAGGAUUUAAAGAGAGUGUUCUUUGGAAUAAGAUUAAUCUUACGAGAUACGUUUGGAUGAUCUUUUCUAAGCAAGACAGCUUGUGGGUUAAAUGGGUUAAUUUCAUUUAUUUAAAAGGGGUCCGAAUCUGGGAUUAUGAUAUUCAUCAAGACACAAGCUGGUAUUGGAAAAUUCUAGUUAAGGUUAGCAAAUUACUGUCUGAAACUGAGUUAAUUACAGCUGUUUCCAAGGGGAAAAUAAGGCUGAAUUCAUUAUAUCUUAAUUUCAUUUCUGGUUCCCCUAGCAAAGUUCUGAAGUUUAUUUGGUGUAAGCUCUCAAUGCCUAAACACAGAUUCAUACUUUGGCAAGCUUAUCACCAGAAGCUACUAACCAGAGAUCUCCUUUAUCAUUGCAAUAUACCAAUUUCAUCUCAAAGCUGCCCGGUCUGUGAUACUGAAAUGGAGAGCGAUGCUCAUCUAUUUUUCAACUGUCUUUUUUCAAGGAAAGUGCUUCAGGCAGUUGAGAAGUGGUUGGGUAAUCUUAUUUGGCCUUGGCAGUUCCAGGUGUAA